GGCAAGCAUUGUAGCAAGGAAGACCAGAUAGUUACUGGAAAAGCCCUAGAAAUUUUUUUGAGAUUCAAUAGCUGCUUCUGGUGACCUCGUCCUCAGGUCAGGAGAAUAUAAGGGAACUACAGAAAACACCUGUAUCAAAAGUACCUGGAAAAGGAGUGAAAUCUCCAGACAGGGUUUUUCUGAAGAUAAGUGUUAAACUCUCAUACCCAUGGAUGCUGCAGAGUUCCGUAAGAGAGGGAAGGAGAUGGUGGACUAUAUUGCAGACUACCUUGAGAAGAUAGAUAAAAGACAGGUCUUCCCAGAUGUGGAACCAGGAUAUCUAAGGCCUCUUAUUCCAGACUGCGCACCCCAGAAUCCUGAGAGCUUUGAGGAUGUCUUUAAAGACAUUGAGAAGAUCAUUAUGCCAGGGGUGACUCACUGGCACAGUCCAUACUUUUUUGCCUACUUUCCUGCAGCCUCUUCCUUCCCAGCUCUUCUUGCAGAUAUGUUGUCAAGUGGAAUAGGAUGUAUGGGCUUCUCUUGGGCUGCAAGUCCAGCUUGCACAGAGCUGGAGACAGUCAUGCUGGAUUGGCUAGGGAAGAUGAUUAAUUUACCUGAAGAGUUUUUAGCUGGGAACGGUGGCCAAGGUGGAGGAGUCAUUCAGGGAAGUGCAAGUGAGGCCACCCUGAUGUCACUGCUUGCUGCAAGAACAAAAACUGUCAGGCAGGUGCAGUCAGAAAAGCCUGAGCUAACAGAAGCAGACAUCAUGGGCAGGCUGGUGGCCUAUGCUUCUGAUCAGGCUCAUUCAUCAGUGGAAAGGGCUGCGUUAAUUGGCGGUGUGAAGAUAAAAAAUAUUUCUUCAGAUGAUACAUUUCGGGUUUGUGGUUCAGCCCUGAAGAAAGUUUUGGAUGAAGACAAAGCUUCUGGUCUUAUCCCAUUCUUUUUCUGUGCAACACUUGGAACCACAUCUUGCUGCUCCUUUGACAAACUCUUAGAACUGGGUCCUAUUUGUAAUAAGGAAAAUAUCUGGAUACAUGUUGAUGCAGCCUAUGCUGGGAGUGCAUUCAUCUGCCCUGAAUUCAGGCAUCUUUUAAAUGGAGUGGAGUUUGCAGAUUCAUUUAACUUUAAUCCUCACAAAUGGCUCCUAGUGAAUUUUGACUGCUCUGCUAUGUGGGUGAAAAAAAGGUCAGAUUUAACAGGUGCCUUUAAAUUAGAACCUCUUUACCUGCAGCAUCACCAUCAGGAGUCUGGCCUUAUAACAGAUUAUCGGCACUGGCAAAUCCCCCUGGGAAGAAGGUUCCGCUCUCUGAAGCUCUGGUUUGUGCUGAGGAUGUAUGGGGUCAAGGGACUGCAGGAGCACAUCCGUAAGCAUGUCAGGCUGUCACAUCUGUUUGAACAUUUAGUCCUUCAGGAUGAAAGAUUUGAGAUCUGUGCUGAGGUUAUCUUGGGACUAGUUUGUUUUCGGCUGAAGGGCUCAAAUGAACUAAAUGAGGUGCUUCUUAAAAUCAUAAAUGAGGCCAAGAAGAUUCAUCUGGUCCCGUGCCACCUGCAAGAGAAGUUUGUGCUACGUUUUGCUGUUUGUUCCCGCACAGUGGAAUCCACCCACAUCAAGUUUGCUUGGCAGCACAUCUCACAGCUGGCAACUGAUCUUCUGAAAACAUGGGAGCAAAACCACCAGCAGCAGUAACAGCAGUGAAGUAGCAGUGAGGAGGAGGUAAUUAACUGGCUUUCUCUGUGCUGCCAAGUUUUAUUUUAGAGGCAGGUGGGAAAGUGAAAUUAUGAAGGAAAAAAUACAAAACCUGUUGUUAUGUAGCCCAGCUGUAAUAGCAAAAUCCUUGCCAGCAAGUUGUGUUGUAACCUUAGUCAUUCCUUUUCUGUACUGUAGUUUCAUCUUGCCAAUGCACAUAGCCAUGGGGGCUCCAACUGUCAUUUCCUACCAGUUGGUACUCAAAAGCAUUUAUUGAACUAGGCAAUGGAAAUGGAAAGGUUAGUGCUCGCUCCAUCAUCCCCAUUAAUCUCUAGCACACCCACUGCUUUCUUCACAGAUAAAACAGUGAGGUGUUAUAACCAAUUAAUUUAACAUUACUAUGACUUCAGAAAGAAACCAAGUUGGGGGAAGUUCAGUAACCUGGUUAUAACAUUAUUCAGGUCCUAUCUAAACAGGCACUCACAAAUGUUGCUGCCGUGAUUUGGGGCACUAUCAUGUCAUGACAUGCUGGCUGCAGUAACUUGGUAAAUAAAGUUAGGACUUCCAGACUUCCUUCAUGACAUAGCCAGAUCAGGGGAGAGUGAGCACAAACGAACACUACCCAUCCUUGUGGCAGGUUUUGUAUUUUCUUCUCCAGGUUUUGCUUUUAAAACAGCUGUUUUGUCAAAUCUCAGCAAAUAGGUAAUGCUAGCUAUUUGAUCAUUCACAAUGAGGCCUCUUAAAAGCUCUUCCUUAAGAGUCAUGUCAAAAGCCAUGUGCAAUGUGGUAUUCUAUAUUUUAAGCGAGUUAUUAUAAGCAGUGAUUACUUGAAAAUAAUCUGUAAGCUAUAUUCUGUGAAACAGAGUUGUGAUUUCUUUUCAUGGCUACCAUUCUGCUUACUUCAUUGUGUAAUCAAUCUGUGACAGAAUGCAUUAAGAAAUGUGACGGCAAAAAUCUUAGUCUUUAUUUCUGAUAUUAACUAACAAAUAAGAGAACAAAUUACAAUAAAAAUAGAAAUUAAAGGAACUAACCCCCCCAAAUAUGCUGUGCUGCCCCCAUUGGUGGUUUUCUUGCAUUAACAGUGGUGCAUCGAAUAUGAAAAUAUUGAAAACAGUUAACUUCCAGAGAAAGUCAAAUGAUGUGUACUUGACUUAACCCAUUGAUAUGUCAUUUUGUUGAAGGCAGACCCAGAAAAGGGGUGGAAUAAAAGUCAGAAACAAUAUCUGACUUGAAUAAGUACUUUUGCCAUUUUGAAAACAAAAAUUCCAGUUAUUUCUACGUAAAGAAGAACAAAAUAAAUAGCUAUUCCAAGAAAAAUAAUCUGUAGGAUUGAUUUCUACAUUUGAAUUUGUUCUAAUUUUUUCCUUCUACUGCUCAUGUUAGGUUCUAAAGCAUCUUGAACAACUUGCACAACCAUUCAGGUUUCUUCCUCCAUCCCUUGCAAGUAUACUUCCUACAUUUGGGAAGUUGCAAGUAGACCAUGAAAUAUGCACCAGGACAGUUCAGUUAACUUGGCACAGUCUGCUCCUACCCACUGUGUUUCCAGAAGGGAUUAAAGAAGCUGACUAUGGAGCAGGUAGAUUUUUCUGGUGAUUUCUAAUCACCUCAAGGUGCAAACUGGGGAAAAGCUGAUUAUUAUUUCUUUAAGGAACUGAUGUCACAGGUUCCAGAUGAAAUAAAGGGAUGACAAAUUAAUCUGGCAAAACCAAGUAAUAUUUGAGCAGGUGACUGAGGAAUUCCACAAGACACUGAUCUCAGCUAUGGUAUCAGAAAUUUUGAUAGCAUCAUUCUCUUUAGCAGAACCAAUAUGAAAUUGGGUGUAUCUGUAGCAGCACAAUUCAAUAUAUUAGUAGACUAAAGAGAAUGGAAAAUGCUGGCAGUUGUUCCUUUUAUUUUUUAUUAGUUUUUUUUAAAAACAAUGUAAUUCAGUUCAGCCUGACUUGGGAAACAAUCCAUAGCACAUAGGGGCCAGACAUACAAAUUUACAGCUUUUAUGUUAUGAAAACACUAGAAUCUAGGAGCCAUGGAAGAAUUACACCUUCUCUAUGAGGCAGACCAGUAUUUCGUAUGUGAAAUAUAUAAGCAGGUCUGUCCAGGAAAAGAAAAAAAGAGAUUCUGGUCAAAGUUAUCAUAGAGUAAAUCCGGGAUAAUUCCACUGAAAUGAAAUGGAGUUGUUGAGGUUUAUGUGGCUAUAAUGGAAAUAAAAAUCUAAUAAGUAUUGGAAAAUAAAUGCAUAAGGUAAGGCAACACAAAGCUGAAUGUAAAAGGCUUUUGGUGUAGAUCUUCUCCAUGGAAACCAGAGCAGAGCUGGGUGAUGGAGGCCUGUGUGAGCCCCAAACUGCUGCAGAACAGGAACACAGGCAGGAUGCGCAUUCAGACCCAGGAGAGGUGAAUUGUUCCCGACAGCUGAGAAUUAAACACAGGUCCUUCUAGACAUUUGUGGAAAAAUGUUGCCAAAACUGAUAUUUAGUGAAACAUUUUCAGCAUAUGGGCACCAGUUUUAGAAGAAGCUUUUGUCCUGAUACCAAAACUCCUUUUGGCAAAUAAUUUAGGACAAGAGUUAAUUUAAAAUAUUAUAGAUGCAGCAAAAAAAAAAUUUAUUUUUUAAAGAAGUGAUAUAAGUAAAUCUUCUAAUAAAUAGCAGUGACAAGACCCAUGGAAUUACAUUUUCCCAUGGCCAGCCCAAUAUAGGAAUCUGAAUUUCACUGUUCAAAUUUUUCUGAAAUUCUGGAAUUAUGUUAAUGUUGUAAUUGGUGAAGGCCUUCUUAGUAUUCAGUGUCUCAAACCCUCUUUUUCCCAUGUGAUAGUUCCUGCAUAGACUAUUAAUGUUAGGUCAUUUGAAAAUGAAAUCUAGGCUAUGUAAUCAACUCAAGAACAAAAGUGUUGACAAGAACAUUUCUGACAGAACACAACUGCUGUUACUCUUCUGUCAUUUUGCAACGUGUCUGUAAGUGACAAAUACUGCAUUUAUGAAUAGUUAAUAUGUGAACCUGGAUUUAUUGUGCCUUGUGUGCAAAGCUAAUAUAGUCUGUGCCGAUUAAUAGUGUUUGAUGUUAAAAAUAAUUACAAAAUCUCAGAAUUGUACUUCAGUAGAAUAUCCACAUCACCAAGGAGACAGCACGGCUACUGAAAAGGAAGGAAAAAGUAGCUUUUCAGUAACCAUACAUAUUUUAAAAAACUAGUAGAGUGCUAGUGCAAUACUUAAUAAUAAUGACAGAUUGUAUUUUAUUACUGAUGGUGAAAUAUUGAAAAUAUUUAUGAAAGUAUUGCUAAUAUAUUAUAUUUGGAAUCUCACUAUAAUGAUUAAAUGUCUAAUUUUCUCUUGCCUUUACACACAAGAUUCUGCUUAUGGUUGCUUCUUGUUGGGUUUUAUUGUCUCCUGUAAGGAUACCACAUCUGAGGAGUAGGACUCCCAUUGCAGUUGCCUUACAACAGCAGUCUAAACCUUGAGACAUGCAUAAACUUGAACUGCUCAAAGACAGGAGCAAAUGAGAAAUAAAACUGAGAACCCUGAAGACCAGGGUGGUGGGGACAGAUUAAAUAACCAUUGGUGGAUAAUAUCUACAGUAGCAUACCUAGAGUCUGUAUGACCUAGAUGGAAAAAUUACCUGAUGUUUAGUGCUUUUUAUUAUAAUUUGUGAGCUGAUGAGUUGCUUUAAAGUCUGUAUCCAAAGCCUAUGAAACAGACAUGUAGGUUUUAAAUAAUUAAUAAAUCAAACCAAAACUGC